CACCAUUUGUCGUUUUCGGCCACAGUACUGUAUUUAUCAGUUACAAAACAGCUGUAACGGUGGAAGAAGAGUUGAAAUGAAUAUUUUUCUACCUGUUCGGUUGAAUUUGAAUUUUAUUACGGCCGAGUAUUUAUAACUUAUCGCUAAUGACGGAGCCGUUGGAAGCUUACAGCGAGCUCAGUUCAGGAUCAGGGGAGCAGCGUCCCAAAGAAGAGCCACAGUUUUCGCUCACGGAGGAGAACCUAAACGAAGGCGCAGAGAAAAUCAGUCAUGGUAGGCAGUCAAGGGAAAGCCAGCAGCCACAGUGUGACUCUGAAAUACACGAAAUUUUUCAAGGACAUUCUUUUGAUAUGGCUAGUGGCAGUUGUAUAGAAAUGGUAAAACCAACAAUAGCUUGCUCGAUAGUGGAUUUUCAAAGGCGAGCUCUUCUGAAAGAGAAAGCAAAUAAAAUGAUGAGAUGCAAGGAAAAAGCAUCAUUGCACUGUCCGCUUUGUAGCUGUUUUUACGUUGCACCUAUCACGUUAACCUGUGGACACACGUUAUGUAAGGACUGCAUGUUGUCGGACAAUGUUGAUCAGAUUCUGGCUAACAUCGAUUGUACACAAUGUGGAUCUAAAAGCAAUAUACAGCAGCGUUCUGUAAACGUACUUGUUACUUAUCUGAUUCAAAAAUGGUUUCCGCACGAAUAUGAAAGUGAAGUGAAGAAACUGGAAGAUAUCCAGCGGGGCAGACUACAAAAUGGAGAACAAAGAAAAGUAGUUGAAACUCUGUCGGGUGUUCUAAAAAAUUCACCUUUGAAUUUUAAGGCAUUAAAGUGGCGAAGUCAAGCGCUAUAUCAGAUGGGAAUGUUCGGCCAGGCCCUGAAAGACGCUGAAUUGGCUUGCAUGCUAAGGCCUUUUCUUCCUCAGGCCUUCUAUCAGAGAGGGCUGAUUUCGGUCGCUAUGGACAACCACGAGGAAGCUGCAUUAAAUUUCGGGCGCUGUGUUGCUCUUGACUCGACCACUUCGGAAUAUUACGUACAGCUUUUGUCGAGUCUGACUGAGGUUUUACGAUCGGAAAGGUGUGUUCUUGGUAAAGAGGGAAUCGCGGAACACUAUGCGACUGAGUUGACAAGCGAACGUUCCAAAAACACGGAAAAUAAAGUAUGUAACGAAUCGGAAAGUGACAAUAUUGAAAAGAAUUCACGUGUUUUAAAAAGCACGAACUCAAUCAUCAGCAGCAAUCCUUCUUCUGUUCGGCCUGAUUCUUACCAGGGAAAACAGGCUGAUCUAAAACGUCCAUCAGAAAAAUGUACUCUAUCGUCCACACCAGAAAAUACCUUCCCAUCAAAACGCGUAAAACUUUCCAAUCAAAACGCGGGUGGAACAUUUAUUAUGAGAAAGGAGGGAGACUUAAAGCAAGAAGCCAUUACGACAACGUGUGAAGACUCGAUUCAAGAGUCCAUUAGGCGAGAAAAGGACGAUUUGACGUGCGAGAUAUGCUACAGUGUUCUCUUUCAACCAGUCACCACAACUUGUGGCCACACGUUUUGCCGAGAUUGCUUGCAAAGAAGCUUGGACUUCAAGCCUGACUGCCCUUACUGCCGUCAGCCUCUCGACUGUGUAGUUGCCAGGAACUAUCAAGUUACCAAAGUCAUAAAAGAGAUCGCCGAGAAACUAUUCCCUGACGAAUACGCGGCGAGGGAAAGUUGGUUCGCCAAAGAGAAAGCGAGUUGGAAAGGGUAAGUUCCGAAAGUGAUUGCAUAAUAUUUGAGCGGGCUUUCCUCAAAAAAAAGUAGUUAAAGCAAAAAUAUAGUUUAAUGGACGAUGGUUUACUGUUUAUUAGUCUCUCAGGAAUCUUUUGGCAGGGUUUUCGAUAUAUUGCAACGAGUUUUCACAUCAUUACUGAAGCGAAAAACAACUUAAAAGCUAAUUCAUCAUUUAAAGUCGACGCCGAAGUCCGUCUUCUGUGCAAUGAUUAAGCGAAGAAAGACAAACUGAGCAGAUGGACUUGUUCUAUUGUAACUAAUGGAAAUAGCUAAUGAUUACUGGACAAUGUGGCCCAAAACAUUACCGAGCUAGCUCAAUUACCCGGUCGUAUCGAUUCAUUUCAUCAAUAUUAGAGUAAAGUGACAGAUAGAAACAACUUCUAUAACCUCCAUUAAUUUAUCUCAAUACCUGAUUAUUGUCGCGAACAUUGCCGGUAGAAAAAUGAAACAGUCGUCUCGCAUAAGUUUCCGGCUCGCGGGAAAAACGUGCAGGUGACCGUAAAAACAUGCGUACAGGAACGUGACUAAGAAUAUGCUACGAUCCUUCAUUUGUAAGAAUAUAAUUCGAUGAAAAAGCCACUCACGUUGACUGGCACACGUAAACAAACCUUUGCGGUUAACGCACUUCGAGGUUCGGCUCUGUGGUCAUCAAGUGUUUCUUAAUGUCCUUUGAAGUCCCAUACCUGUGGCGGUACUGCCAAAAAAACUAUAUGGGUAUUUGCUGUCGUUUAAGGACACGGGAUUACAUUAAGUGUUUAGUCUUGCAGGUUGAAGGUGCUUUGGAAAAACAAGCUAUUGACCAAGGGUCUGUACUUAGCGUUAAGGUAGAUUGGCACCGUCGUACAAUUUUUACGUGCGAACGCAUUUAAAGUUUACACGCGUAAAUAAGUAGAGCAAUGUAUGGAAGGUAGCGUGUAAACGUAAUGGUUGAACCUUGCUCCCCGUUUACGUUUACGUGCGGCCUUUCAUACAUCGCCUCUUUUCUACGCACGCAAAAAUAACGCGACAGUUGAAUUGAAACUUUACACCCUUUCAUUCCCCAAAGUAAAAAAAGAUGGUAAAAUCUGGAUAACAAACACUUCAAGGAAAACCGAUGACGCAGAUUCGUAUAAAAAGGCAUUUUUCCUUUCACUUCUGUAAAUGCAUAUUUUUCUAAUUCUUAAACGAUUGGCUCGGUUUUUACUUUACAUCGCUGGAUUUUAAAAUUACAAUUUGAUGCAUGACCUUAUCAAAAGGAUCACAAAGCCAAAGUAAUACUCUUGCUAAGGGCGGCAGUACGUAAAAAACAUACUCUUUCCCCUGGUACAUGAAAGUACCCCGGGGGAUUUUACUGCGAAACUGCCUGGUGGUAUGUGUAUAAACAUUUUAGUAAAGCGCCCUUUAAUACAGGAAUUGAAAAUCCUGUAUUGGGUAAGAUCGGUAAGGAUUAGUCGUGUAGCCUAGGGCAACAAGGCUGACAAAGAGUAGCUGCCGGUGACAAAAGUCCCGAGGAUACAGCACAAAAUCUGUGGACAAAUUCUUAAAGGAGACGUUUUGAGUCAUAGUUUUGAAACGUAUAUACUUAUCUAGAAAUUUGUCGUGCGUAAUCCAUGUCGAAAAGUUUCCCUAGAGAUUAGUAUUCCUCGUUUGUUUGUUUGUAUUUUUUAAAAGAAAUAUUUUAAGGAUUUCCAUCAAACUAGAAAAAUCGAUCUAACUUUCUCAAGAUGCAGAAACCGAGUCGUGCCCCUUGAAACUACCAUCUUUAAUGCAAAUGUAGACUCUUCAGCAUUGUAAUCAUUCCUGCUUGCUUUUAAUUUAAACGACGCCAGCUUUAAUUUUGAUUGCACGUGUUCCUCAAAAUAUCACUGAGCGAGACGAACGUAUCAAUACAACCCAUUAACCUGGUGGCCGAUGAUAUAGGAUCUUAAUGUCAGUAAACUCAAGGCAAAUUUUAUGCGCCUUUGACUCUAAUUUCGGCUUGCGUUUUUGUUACAUUUAGGCAUGAACUCAAAACUAAACUUCACAUAGCCUGACACGUAAAAAUAAUUCUAUUAUGCAACUUACUUUUUCGAAACACGUCAGCGUGAAAAACCCUCGAACAGAACGUUACGCGACUAUCGCACCAUCUUUUACAUGCAUUUUCUUAAAAUGUAAUCUGAAUUAGGAUGUCUUCCAUUUCGAGUUUCUAGUGUGUAGAAAAAUGAGGAGUGUUCACUAUCGUACCGUACUAAUAGUCCUUCCACCAAAAACAAUUUAAUAUAUCUCGAUAAUUUGUGGAAAAGUUUUGAGAGCGAUUUCGUCACAUGUCAGUGGAUGCUAAGUAACAGCGACCAUACGUCGUGUUUUCUAACAAAUAGCUACGUUGAAAAAUUACAUAACAAAAUGCUAUAAUCUUAAGCUUAUCGCUAAUGCAGUGUGUCAUUUCCAUGAAAAGGGAGUUCGUGCGAAACCAGUAACUUACAAGUCCAUCGCUGGAGGGGAAUGAGUAUCAAUUAAAACGCAAUUAGAAAUUAGACACUAGAGAGGUGUCCACGAACACAAAUUACACCAGAAAUUCAGCUAAAACUCGUAAAAUUAGCGCAAUGAAGCCGUUGCAGGAGAAAGUCAACGUGCCAACGAGCACGCCGCGGCCGGCUCUUGCUAACACAAUCUUAGAUGCCAUUUUGUCUCUUUUCAUGAUCCCAAAAGUUACACUGGCCAUCAAUCACAAUCGUUUACACAUUCUCUGUUCUUGUUGAAUUAAUCAGUCAUGUGCUUUUGCUUUUCUAACAUGAACCUCAUCACGAUUGAGUCUUAACCAGAUUGGCCACUUGGCACUUGACCAUAUUUCUAGCUUUUGUAUACAUCUCAUCUCAGUUCUUCUGACUUUUCCUGUUCGAAGGUAGCCUACGUAGAAUGUUUCGAACUGUUUUGUGUUGUUUUGAAUGAUGCUGAUAAACCUUUAAAUCUUGUUUCAGGUGCGGGGUCGAUGAUAGCGUUGAUGUUCCCAUCUUUGUUUGCAUGCUGGCAUUCCCUUCUCUGAAGUACCCUCUCCACAUUUACGAGCCUCGUUACCGCCUGAUGAUAAGACGAUGUGUUGAGCUAGGAUCCCGUAUGUUUGGCAUGUGCAUGAGCGACCCGGACUGUGGAUUCUCGGAAUAUGGUACCAUGCUUUACAUUGAGAACAUGGAGGCUCUUCCUGACGGACGUUGUAUAAUUCAGACUACGGCCAGGAGAAGAUUCCGCGUCAUUUCACGUGAUUAUAGAGACGGGUAUAACACUGCGAAGGUUGAAUGGCUCGACGAUGAAAUACCAACCUCAUGCGCUGAAGAAAAGGAACUCGAAGCGCUAAACAACGAUUGCGGAAAACUGCUGGAACUUUGGUUUAACAGUUUAACUCAAAUGCAGCAGAAUUGUAUAACAAAUGCAAUUGGACCUAUGCCUCGCAUUAACUCGGAGAGCCCAGUGUCUAGUUCUAAUGGUUCUUCUUGGGAAUGGUGGGCGUUAGCUGCUAUCCCUCUUCAGGAUAAAGCAAAAUUGAUCAUAUUAUCGAUGAAGUCAUUGGAAGAGCGGCUUCGAAGUAUUCGCCGCUUUUUAGAGCUUUUAAUAACUAUGAGUUCGGGAAAUGAUUUAGGAGAAACGUAGCGUCGCUGUCGAACUAGUCACCACACAAGUUUUGCACUUCGUCAUUACCACGAUUCUUGCUAGUAAACCAAACGAUCCAGAAAAAGCUUGUACACAAAUCUUCUUGAUGCUACUGUAUUUUUCGAGUGAAAGAAUAAGCUUUUUUGUUACCAUUUCAGCGCGAUUUUUUUUAAGUAACGCUUUAGACCGUGACUAGGAGAAUAAACUCAAAGUCCGCCUAUCACCUGUUUUUUGUCCUGUUUUUCCUUGAAGAUGAAGAAGACUUCUUACAAUGAUACAAUAUGUCUCUGCAUCUUUUACUUACUGUUACCACUGUCACCUGUAGCCAGUUUCAUCACUGGUUUGUUUGUUUUUUUGCCAGAAAAAAGUAAGGUCAGUAAGACAACGACGGAAUUUCUGGCACUUACCCGGAGGAGGCGGCCACUUAAGGAAGUUUGCGUAGAAGUGUGUCGCCGAGGCCACAAAACCGCGACCCAGUUUAAGUCAAAAUUCGUUCAUUUCGUUACCCUAUUUAACAUAAGAGACCUCUUUCGCGCAUUCCAUUUCGCGUGCUGAACUAAGUAUUUCUUUUAAUUCUGACAUCACAAAAUUGAAAGUUAGCACCACAAGCAUGCAGACCGCGCACCGCCAACCUUAACACCCUCGUAAGGCUUCUGAUUUAGAAAGACACUGCCACUAUCUAUUGGAAUCUCCCAACAGGCAUUUAGUGUUCUUUCUUGAGAAAAUUUGAAUUUUGUAGCACAUAGGCACAAGUAGACAGCGAAGUGAUGAUGAUGAUGAUGAUAAUGAGAAUGAUAAUAACAAUAACAAUAAUAGUAAUAGUAAAUUAUUUCUUAUAGACCAUUAGCGCUUUACAAUAAAUAAAUAGGGUUUGGAAAUACA